AGCUUAUUGAUGUCCGCUAUGCAGCGAUGCUGGUGUUGAGGCUUUGCAGGGCGGAUGGAACCUCCAGCUAGUUCCAGGAGCGGUGUGCAGGCGGUGAAAACCCCUCCUCUGCAGGCCAGGCCGUGGACAGCCCCCGUGCAGUCGAAUAGAGAGAGCUUUGAUCAGACUCUGUGGCAUCAUCAUCAUCAUCAUCAUCAUCAUCAUCAUCAACAGCAGCAGCAGCAUACGCCAUUAUGGGGGGAGCUGCAGCUGUGCGGAGGUGUGACGUCAACCUCCUCAAAGCAGAGGUUGGAGGCGAGAUCGAAGAGUGGGUUGGCCGUGGCGGCGUGGGCUUCGCGGAACUUCCCCACGAGGACGUCGGUGGACACGUUGUUCCGCGAAGCUUCCAGAACCGUGGUGAGGCUGACAAAAGAGUACGACCAGCUAUACCAGCGGUCGCGGAAGAUGCAGCGGCAGCUAGACGACCUCCUGGAGACUAAAAGGCAACUGAAGGCAGUCGGACGAAGUCUGAAGGACCUGCCGAAGAAGCUGGACAAGAUAAGGCAAAAGGCGGUGGAGACGAAAGCCAAUCUGCUGUCAGAGCAGCUGCGCACAAAGAGGUACGAACACAUGGCAGACACGUGUAAGCACAACGUGAUCCGACUGCAGAACGUGGUGGGCAGCUUGCGGCGCAAGCUGUUCAUUGCGCAAAAGGCAAGGGAUAUAAUCAUCUGGCGAGCAAUGUCGGCCAGGGAGUCGCAGACUGAGGCCCUUCAGGAGCUGGACUUCCGCAGAGUGGAGUUCGCGGGACUGCAAGAUGGAUGGAAUUGUGAGCUGGAGGGGUUGAGAGCGGAGUCCAGACAGCAACAGGCGGUGGCGAAGGAGUACUUCGAGAGAGAGAGCAAGAGGCGCUUGAUACCAUUCUUGCUGGGGAGGACCUUCACGUUCAACGAGGAGAAGGAUAACAAGUCGGAGGCGGGAGACGAGCGGAGGGAUUCUACCGCCACGGAGCAAGACUACCUGUGGAUGCUAGGAGAGAGCGAUGCAGACAGAGCGAGAAGGCGGGCACUGAUCUCGAUGUUGCAGUCCCACCUCAGCCAGGACGACGAGUCGGGGAGGCUGGUAGAGUUCUUCAAGGAGAGGGAGGAGACACAUCUGGAGCUGGUUGCUGCAGUCAAGGAGGCGGAUGCCAGACUGCAGGAGCUCAAGGGCCAGUACGAGGGCAAGCUGAAGCUGUACCAGGACAUGAAGUACACGAUGCCCAGAGGUGGUAGUCUAAACGUCACGGACAUCAACCAGAGGUUAGCUCUGGCGGAGGCCAGGGCUGGGCACCUGCGAGAACGUUGCAGGACGUCGAGCGAGCUCAUCAAGGUGAUGUUCAAUGGGGUCACGCAACUGCACGAUCGGUGUCCAGACAUUCGAACGGUGAUGGAAGCCGUGAUAGAAGGGGACAUGAUGGCUGAUUCGAACGGCGGCGAUCCGACGAAGCCGCACCGGGGUAGUCGGGUGGGCCCAGCGGAACUUACGGUCUGGACGGGGGGGAAAAGGAAACGGUCAGUUGGGAGUGACAGGCGCGGGAGUAAGGGGAUCGGCAGGCGGAUCUCACAGCCUGCCGCUGAUGGUUCGGCAGAGGAUCCGACGGAUCCUAGUUCGGCAAUGCGUGUAGGGUGGUCAGCGAGAGGGGGACUGAGUAAGGAGUCGACAACAGACGAACAAAGGAGAGUAAGUAGAGCGGGGGGAGAAGGAGGACGAGAAGGAGCAUCGCGCAGGCGGAGCUGGGGGGGGGGCAGACAAGGCCAGGAUAAGGCGGGUGGAGGCAGGCCACUGCGGCAGGGGGUUGGGGGGGAGGGUUCAUCGGAGCCAUCGACAGCUCAAGCAGGGAUAACACGAGUAGCGGAAGCAUCAGGAGCAGCAAGUGGAGGAGGAGGAGGAGGAGGGGGGGAAGGGGGAGGCGGAGGCGCAGCUUUAAGGCGCACUUCUAGCGCGAGGUUGAUGGGCAACAACGGGGGCGAUCCUUCUGUUCCUCAUCCGUCGAAGCCACCGCUAUCUGUCAAAUCUGCCUGGGGUGACCAGGCUGCACGGGAACAAGGAGAUAGGGGAGGUGGUGGUUCGGGUGCGCUGAGCAUGUACGGAGAAGGAAGCGGCGGAGGAGGGGGACUCAGCAGUCCAUCAAGAGAGGAAACUUUAAGGCGCAACUCGAACAAGACAAAACGCGAGGCGAGUUUGAUCCUCGAUUCGGCGCUGAUCUUGGGGAAAUUGGCAGCUGGCCCUUCUGCUACCGGUCCGACCAGAGGCUGGCUACAACCAACCUUGCCCCUGGACACAUUCGUCACCCUCACUUACUCCCAGAAACAAAUGGUCAUUCGCGCUUACCUUCGGAAAUUGGAGAACAGGCUUCAGCCGUGGGUUAUGUGGGAGAGAAGAUUCCUUCGUUCGAACGGGUUCACACCUUUGAUGGGAGCUGACCCGCAGCAGGAGGACAGGUACUUGUCGAUGUUGACCGACGACGUGGUAUCUGUACUAUCUUCCAACGGACGGAGAAGGGCAGGUUCUAUGUCUCGCAUCGAGAGGGGAGAGCAGUGGAGAGCGAGAGUCAAGGAGGAGGCGGAGGAGGCGGAGGAGGGGGAGGGGGAGGGGGAGGGGGAGGCUCACGAGCAGGACAUCGUGGAAGAGGAGGAUGGGGCUGCUGCUGACGACAAAUUGGUGUCCACGGUUACCAGACCGAGGCCGUUGCGGCGACGAGGUACCAGCCUCAGUUUAUCUCCUUCGACAUCUCGGCGACAAUCCUCCUCUGCUGAAGCCUCCACAGCCGCAGCCGCAGGUGCCACAACAGCAGAGGCGUCAGCAGAAGCGCCGUCGUCGCUGCUGCGGAAAGAUGUGCAGACAAAGAGGCCGCGGCGAGCAAGUGAAGGCAAGCUGCGCCGCCGACGGAGCGAACAGCCAUUGAGUAAGAAACUGGGUGACGCAUACGAAGCGGGAAGAGGGGAAGAGAAGACGUCCAAAGGAGAGAUUAUGGCGGCAGUGUCACACGGGACGGAGAAGAGGGAGGAAAAGACGGCCCCCUCGAGGCGCAAGGCUUCAGCCAGGGUGCAAAGCCUUAGGAGACGUGCUCGCGCAAGCAGCUUCAGCGAAAGAUCGAGUCUGUCGAUGAGUUCGACCAGUCCUACUUGGAGGCAGCCGGGCAAGAGGAGGUCACGGGUAAGCUUUGGGGGCGGUGGCGAUCACUUGAGAAGCUACGGGUGUGAUCCCCCUGGAGCAGCAGCAGCAGCAGGAGGAGGAGGAGGAGGAGGAGGAGGAGCUGUCCAGGGCUUCACAUCGACUGUACCCGUUGCCCUCCGGGAUAUGCACUACAGAUUACAGGUCAAUAAACGCGUGAAGGCGAUGCAGGAGAUCAGGAACAGGGUUGUCGCAAGGAUAGCGGACUUCCACCUCGAUCGAAAGUUACAGUGGUCGAGCAACGUGCGGCUCGACCUGCGGAGAGCAGGAGACACAGCAGCAGAUAGGAUUGAAGGAACGGUACAGAUGUUUCAGGAGAAGAACGACAGGAUAAGAGAGAAGAUGGGACAAUGGGAGAGACAAGCAGGGUUGUCGUGCACGUUCAUAAGGGAGCCGCAAUUCAUGCAGCUGUGCGAGUUCUUGGGGAUCAGGCAUUCAGCUGACGAGCUGGCAGUGAUCUUUGCCAAGUUCGAUGUGCAUAACAAGGGAAGCAUUGACUUGGUCAACCUGCCAGAGUCGAGCGAUGACGAAGACGAUGGGUUCUUCAGGCCGACGGCGGGGAAAGGGAAGGAGAGAGGGAAGAUUUGGACUAGGCAAGAGCUGAAGGCACGGGCGAUGAGAUUGAUUAAGUUGAGAUCCACUAGGGGCGCGCGGGACAAGCUGGGAAGCGAUAGGGAGGAGGAUGACGGAAUCGAAAAGCUCACGAGAUCGUGGUCCAUCAAAAUGAGGAAACGCUACUCCAUAAUCGACGACGUGGGACCAUCCUCCCCGAGCCAACUGGGGAGCGGUCCCUACAGCGCCAGGCUGAUCACCCCUCGAAGCCCGUUGAAGGGAAGAAGAUACUGGGACGAGAAUAUGUCCCAAUUUUUAGUUCGUUCUCCCAGAGCCCUGAAAAAAAAGUAGACGUUAGAGUAGAGUAAGGUAGGACAGCAAGCUCCUACGAUCACAAUAACAGGAUAUUGGGGUGUGGAUUCGAUAAG